GAGGAGGAAGAGGAGGAGGAGGAGGAGGAUGGGGAGGAGGAGGAGGAGGAGGAGGAGGAGGAAGGCAGGAGGAGGAAGACAGGAGGGGAAGGGGAUCGAUGUUUCUUUGGGUGCGCGUCACCGCUGCACGCUCGGCGGGUCAGGCCAGGUCAAGACAGGCCUGCACGUUUGCGGGGGGCCACCACAUAG